UCACAUCAAAAAAACCCCACAGGGCAAAAACCAUGUCAGUGCUCAGAAUGCAGGAAGAAGUUCAGCAGUAGUACUAUGCAUAAUUCACAUCAGAGAAUGCACUCAGAGGAGAAAUCACAUAAAUGCAUUGAGUGUGGAAAGAGCUUCCGCUGGAGUUCAAAACUCACUCGUCAUCAGAGAAUCCACUCAAAAGAGAAACCAUAUAAAUGCUUUGAGUGUGGAAAGAGCUUCCACUGGAGUUCAAAACUCACUUGUCAUCAGAGAAUCCACUCAAAAGAGAAACCAUAUAAAUGCUUUGAGUGUGGAAAGAGCUUCUGCUGGAGUUCAAAACUCACUUGUCAUCAGAGAAUCCACUCAAAAGAGAAACCAUAUAAAUGCUUUGAGUGUGGAAAGAGCUUCCGCUGGAGUGCUGGUCUCACUUCACAUCACAGAAUCCACUCAAAAGAGACACCAUAUAAAUGUUUGGAGUGUGGAAAAAGCUUCAGUCACAGCACAAGCCUCAGUUCCCACCAGAGAAUCCAUACAAGGGAGAAACCAUAUAAAUGCCAGGAGUGUGGGCAGACUUUCAGUUGGAGCUCAGCCCUGACUUUACAUCAAAGAAUGCACUCUGGUGAGAAACCAUAUCAGUGUGCAGAAUGUGGGAAAGGCUUCAGUCAGAGCUCACACCUGACUUUACACCAAAGAAUCCACACGGGAGAAAAGCCAUAUAAAUGCUUGGAGUGUGGAAAGAAUUUCAGAAUCAACACAGAACUGAAAGUGCAUGAAAGAAUCCAUACAGGGGAGAAGCCAUAUAAAUGCCUGGAUUGUGGGAAGAGCUUCAGUCAGAGCUCAAGCCUUAAUACGCAUAAAAGAAUUCACACAGGGGAGAAGCCGUAUAAAUGCCUGGAGUGUGGGAAAAGCUUCAAUCAGAGCUCAGAUCUUAAUAUGCAUCAAAGAAUCCACACAGGAGAGAAACCAUAUAAAUGCCUGGAAUGUGGGAAGAGCUUCAGUGCAAGCACAAGCCUCACUUCCCACCAGAGAAUCCACAUGGGGGAGAAGCCUGCAGUGUGGAAAUAGCUUCAGUUACAGUACAUGCCUUAAAGAGCAUGAAAGAAUCCACACAGGGGAGAAGCCAUAUAAAGGCCUGGUUUGUG